AUGGCAUCAUCUCCAGGGAUGUCUUUCCCUCCCGGACGAGAUUCAAAUCAAUCACCACCCUACUUUAUAAAGCCACCAUCGCCUUUUCCCCUGAUCGCAAUCGAUUCCAUCCUCACAUUUCCCAUAUUAUUGACCAAUUCGAUCUUCACAAAUAACAUACCAUCACUCGCAUCACUAUCCUCACUUUGUGUUUCAUUUUACCAAAUGCAAGACCCUAAAUCGACUUAUUUCAAUAUGUCUGUUCCUUUGUCAAACGCGCCGGCUGCAACUGAUGUGAUUGGUCACAUCAACCCACACUUCGAGUUGCCUGAGCCUCGGGUGGGAGACAAUCAGCCAGCCACUUGUGCCAGGCAAGACCCUUUAUUGAGGGUCGGAACUCCAGCUCGAGAUGCUUUUGAUAAGAACAAUCAGAUGACCGUCGAGGUCCGUUUCAAGAUCUACACGGACAAGGAGGUCGAAAUCAACGCUCCGACUACGAGCACACCUAAAGUUGGCGCGGGUAAGAAAACUGCGAAGGCUGACAAACUCAAUUUGAUUGAUUCAAAAGCGAUCAAUACCGGCUAUUUAGAAAUCAAGAGUUGUCUGUUUGGCAAGAGUUUGAAAGAUUUCAAGGCGCUCGUGGCUGGAGCGUGUGAAGAGUAUGAGGGUGGCAUGAAGAACAUCAUCCUCAUUAGUGAUUUUGCGCCAGACCUGAAGUGGAAGACCACUGUGGGACGCUUCAAAGUUGUCCUUGAUAGUGCCAUUCAAUGGCAAAACUUUGUCGAUGCUUUAGACAAAUCGGUCAAGAAAAAAGGAAUACUUUUGAUUGAAAACGAUAACGUGCAAGUGAAAGCUAAAGUGGUCAAUAAGGAACAUGAAUCUGAGGAAUCCAAAAACAAGAGAGAGUUAAAAACUCUCGCCAACCAAAUUUUUAGCCAACAUGCGAUUGGAACUUACGCGGGAGGGCCUGGAACUGUGUUGACGACUCCUUGGGAUCCGAAUUGUCGAUAUCGAUUGACCUACCCGGCUGCGUGGAUCUGGGCUAAAGGAGUGGCGGCGAAAAUCGCGACGACCUGGAUACCACCCAACACCGCUGAGUUCCGCUACGAAAUCAAAAAAAGCGAGUGGAUCCACCCCGACAUGGGGGUGGAAGACCGUGUUCAAUUGCGAUUACAGGGCCAUCCGCGUCGAUUGGAGGCCAUCAACACGCCCUCCAACUCAGUCCACCCACCCCAUUCUAGUGGUUCGAGUUCGAUCAAACGCACGUUGAGCCAAAAACACAAAUUGUCCAAUUCAAGCGUGGGGGGUGAUGUGAAGCCAGACUUAUCUAAAUUAGGUGAAAGACGUGAUGUGUCUUCAUCAAACGAAGUCUUUGAUGUUAAGCCUGAUUUGAAGAAGAUCAAGGUGGAAGACCAAGAGAUCACCAACUCGUUUAAUAAUCCGAUUUAUGUUUCCAGCGACUCUGAAAGUCGCUGGGAAAGUGACUUUUCGAGUGGCGCGGACGAGAUUGAUGUCGAAAAUCCCAGCACGGCUCACUCCGUCCAAAUGGAGUUGUUCCUCGCGGACUGUAACAUCGACUUCCAAGAUGAGCAAACUCGAAAGCUCCUUAGAGAGGCAGGAAUCUUGUCGUGGACCGACUUGAUUCCUAGUCUCCAACUAACCGAGGCCACCCUAACCUCCAAGGGAAUCGACCGUCAGAUUGCCCACCGCCUGAUGACGGCAGCUCAAGCUCGUUUUGAAAAUGGACAUGAAUAA